CGUACGUUCCAUCACCUACGGAAUAGAAAGAAGACAAAAGGAAGAAAACUAAAUAAAACACGAUCAAAAGAUGUCUAGAUAGCGAAUAUGCGAUUCAGAACUGGAAUAUCGAACGUCGGAUUACUUCAUAAGAUUAUACGUUCCCUAGCAGCUUUGGCGCGAUCAUGUGUCAUAAAAUUGUCGGAAGAGCAAGUCUAUUUCAUCGUGCCGGGGAGCGAGAGCGCGACUGGCGUUCAGGUCUGGUCGCAAGUCAAAGUUUCUACACUCUUUGAAGAUUACAGGAUUGAAUCCAACUCCAAUAACGAAAUAUGGGUCGAAGUCAACCUCGAUUCCUUGGUCAAAGUCCUCCGUAGCGCCGACAACUCUGUGGGAGGUAUCAAUGAAAAUAUGAGGAAUUCAGCUGCGUUGUCACAAGCAGAGGUCACUUUGAAAUUGAACAAAAAGCAGAAUCAACCCAUAUGGGCGUUUGACAUCAAGGGAUACACCGCAUCGAGAAAAUCAAUGAUCAUAACCCACGAGAUCAAUGUCAAAAUCCUUUCAUCCAGGCGACAAGAGGAUCUCAAAGAGCCUCUUUGUCCUCGCCCAGACAUACACGUCGUUUUACCAAAUCUGCAAGAAUUGAGAAACAUCGUUUCACGACUCGCACCGGUAGCAGAUGAUGUGGACGUGUCCGCGAAUCACGAAGGUACGAUGGAAUUAGCAGUAAGGUCGUCAAAAGUCAAUCUCACAACGACGUGGAAGGAUCUUCCGAUACCAGUCACGAACCUCGAAGAAGAGGGCGAAGAGGCAGAACAGCCACCUCCACCGGGACAAAUGAUGACAACUACUGUCACUAUCAAAGCGCUCCUCAAAUUCCUCACAAGCUAUGUUAUAAGCGGUGAAGCCAUCAUGUGCAUAUGCGAAGGAUAUUGUGUCAUUGCCUAUGUAUAUAUCGGACCGAUUGAUAAUGCUGAAGGGGUAUUGACGUUUUAUGUGCCGGGGAAAGCUACCGAUGAUAAUUGAUAGUUGGGGGUAAUAGUAUAAGAGGCUAACUUAGUAUAGUGAGGCGGUAAUAGCUGUUGUAAAAUUAAAUCAUACCCCGCAUGCGCUGUGCUUGCCCCCUUCAACCGUGGAGGGGCACGGAAAGAUGUAUCAUCCUUUUUCCAUGUUCUGCC